GUGACUAUGACGUAACGUGAAAUAUUGCGAAACUAAAACUGUAACCUCAAAAAUUUUACUGAAGUUUUCACGAGAAUAUAUUAUGCCGCUUGGAAAAUUCGGGAAAAUUACACUUUCGUGGUAACUACUUGAAUCAUAAAUUUCCAUUGUCUGUAAAAUAAUACGGUCCAUUCCAUUCGUGGUUAGCAGUAACAGUGACUAGUUUAUCGCUUUUUGUGGUGGCCAAGAACUCAAUAAAUGCCAGUCGCCUGGAGAACAUGAGAGCGCGGGAACGUAUGCGCAAGUCCAAUCAGGGAGAGUAUCCAGACGUCUACAGAAAGCUGUGAAGCACUGCACUCAAGCUAAAUAUUUAAAAGAAAGAACUAGAACAAAUCAAGAUGGCGUCUCCGGUGCUGGAUGCUGCCAAACUGCAGCUGGUUCAGGAAUUGGAGAUUGAGAUGAUGUCGGACAUGUACAACCGAUUGGUCACUGCAUGCCACCGCAAGUGUAUACCAGUCAAAUACCAAGAGACUGAACUAUGUAAAGGCGAGUCAGUCUGCCUAGAUCGCUGCGUGGCCAAGUACCUGGACGUUCACGAACGCAUUGGCAAGAAGCUCUCCAACAUGUCCCAAGGAGAGACAGAGGAUCUAACCAAGGUUAAUCUGGCUGAUGGCAAGAAAUAGAAUUAAAUAGGCACAAGAACACACUUAUGACGAAUCAUAGACAAUGUACCAGUACCUGACAUUAAUUAUCUAUUGCCAAGGUAAAAAAUAACGGAAUUGAAUCACUUGGAACAGAAAUACACUAUAAAGUAUUACACAUUGCAUUGCAUUUUUUGAAAUUAUGGUAAAAAAGCCGAUGGAAAUAAGAAAAUAAUGUUUUUUUUUUAAUAUUUCUUGUCCCCGUGACAAAACAUACAAUUUCGGCGGCAUUUAAUGUAACACAUACCUCAAUAAAGACUGCUUAAAAAUAGUCUAUCGAUAAAAUGUAAAAGCUACAUCCUAAAUAAUUGAUUCGUCAUAAGUCGUCACAACUUACUUAAUGAGAAAAAAAUUAUAUAAUGGCGUCAUAAAACAAAUGGAAGAUGCAAAAAUAUCCCUGUUUGUGGAGUUAUGUACAUGUUGAUGCGAUUUCUGUUUUCUAGAAUGGGUCAUUAUUAUUAGUAAUUUUAUGCUUUAGUGGUUGAUUUUAGUUCAUUUGUUAGAAAUAAAACUACACAAAUCCAA